UGAGAGGUAAUAGUGUUGUUCUCCUUAGUUUUAUGAUUUCUAAUUUAUUCUUAUAACAGACAUGUGCCAUUAAGCAUGCUACAAGAGAAAAUUAUAAUAUCAAAUAUAUUCAUUUCCUUCAAAGUAUAACGAUGAAGAGCCAUUGGAGGAUGUUAAAAAUAAGCAGUUGCUUGUUUAUAUGGACAUAAUUGAUUUCCUGAAGCCGAAAUAUGUACUAAUGGAGAAUGUUGUUGACCUUUUGAAAUUUUAUGGUGGGUUUUUGGGCCGUUAUGCCAUAGGGCUUCUUGUGGCCAUGAAUUAUCAAGCUAAAAUGGGAAUGAUUGAUGCGGGGGAGUAUGGCCUUCCUCAAUUCAGGAUGUUGUUUUUCUCUGGGGAGCUCUUCAUAAUGAAAAACUGCAUGCUUAUCCGUUACCGAUUCAUGAUGUGGUGUCAAGAUCGGUUGUGCCCACUGAGUUUGAAGAAAUUACAGUUGCUUAUCCCCCUGAAGAAAAGCAUCAGCUGGCUGAUGCAAUUUUACUUAAAGACGCAAUAGAAGAUCUUCCUGCAGUAUGUUUAUUUUACUCCCAAGUACAUUGUUAAUUUUUUUAUUUCCAACGUUUAUUAAUGCAUGCCAUAACCUCCUAUUCAAUUACUCCUUAACCA